GGCGGCUCUUGAGCAGCACGUGGCGCAGCCCGGAGCGCGAGCGGCAUUUCAAAUGGAGGUGCAGACCGCGGUGGAUAUCUCAGACGUGCUCGGCAGACCCCCAGGGAGCCACGUACCAUAGGGCAUUUCUUAUUCAGAACAGGAACAGGGACAACACCACUGUUCAGUACUGCAACACAGGGUUACACGAUGGAAUCUGGCUCUGUUUCUCCCCCUCCUACUCAGCCAGUACCUAGAAAUACACUAUCAAGAAGUGCUUUUAAAUUCAAGAAGUCUUCAGAGUGUUGCAGCUGGAAAGUAAAAUUAGGGGGAUUUGCACAAGAAAACAACACUAUAGAUUCUGGAGAACUCGAUAUAGGCCAAAGAGCAAUACAAGAGGUUCCUCCGGGGAUCUUCUGGAGAUCACAGCUCUUCAUUGAUCAGCCACAGUUUCUAAGAUUCAAUAUCUCCCUUCAGAAAGAUGCAUUGAUUGGCGUAUAUGGCCAAAAGAGCUUACCCCCAUCACAUACCCAGUAUGACUUUGUGGAACUCCUUGAUGGUAGCAGGUUGAUCGCAAGACAACAGCGCAACCUGCUUGAGUCAGAGAGAGCAGGCCAACAGACAAGGUCUAUCAGUCUCCAUGAGGCAGGUUUUAUCCAGUAUUUGGAUUCUGGAAUCUGGCAUCUGGCUUUUUAUAAUGAUGGGAAAAAUGCAGAGCAGGUGUCUUUUAAUACCAUUGCUAUAGCAGCCUGCCCAGUAUUGUGUUGUGGCAACGGGCAGUAUUCCAAAGGGCGCUGUCUCUGUUUCAGCGGUUGGAAGGGUACAGAGUGUGAUGUGCCUGCCACCCAGUGUAUUGAUCUUCAGUGUGGGGGCCGUGGGAUCUGUAUCAUGGGUUCUUGUGCCUGCAACUCUGGGUACAAAGGAGAAAACUGUGAAGAAGCUGAUUGCUUAGACCCAGCCUGUUCCAGUCAUGGUGUGUGUAUCCAUGGAGAGUGCCGCUGUAAUCCAGGAUGGUGUGGUAGUAACUGUGAAAUACUGAAGACAAUGUGUCCAGACCAGUGCUCUGGUCAUGGGACAUACCUUCAAGAAAGUGGUACCUGCACUUGUGACCCUAACUGGACAGGUGUAGAUUGCUCAAAUG